AUUCUACCUGACGUUGUUUACGGGGCUGUGUUCUCUCAACGUGAUAUGGAAUAAGAUAUUGUUUCAGUUCUAUGGCAUGUUGAAGCUCGCCAGAUCGUUGUCAUUCUGGUCCAAGAACACUGCCAGCUGGGUGAAGACACAGAGGAGUGAAGUGCAACAUAGCCUGUGCUCAGAAGUGUUAAUCUUGCAAGCUUGGCGAAGUGAUAAGAGGCAUUUUUGUGUUGGAGCAGCAGCAAUGUCACGGCCAAAGGUUCUCAUCACACGGGCUGACAUCCCACAGAAAGCUUUGGACAUGCUCAAUGAAAAAUGUGAGGUGGAUAUGUGGCCAGAAUCGUUCCCGAUCCCAAGGGAACAGAUGCUGAAGAAGAUCCAAGGCAAAGAUGCAAUUUUUUGUCUUCUGACAGAGAAAAUUGAUACUGAAGUUCUUAAUGCUGCAGGAUCAAGCCUGAAGGUGAUUGGCACUAUGUCAGUGGGUUAUGAUCACCUGAGCCUUGAAGAAAUAAAAAAACGUGGCAUUAAGGUGGGCUACACUCCUGGCGUGUUGACGGAUGCCACUGCUGAGCUGACUGUAGCCCUGCUACUGGCAACCUCACGUAGGCUUUUUGAAGCCCAUGGAGAACUUCUGAAUGGUGGAUGGGGAAAGUGUGCUUGGUCGCCUCUCUGGAUGACUGGCUGGGGUCUAGCAGGAUCCACAGUUGGAAUUCUGGGCUUAGGACGCAUUGGUCAAGGGGUGAUGCAGCGGCUUCAGGGCUUUGGCAUUAAGCGGUUCCUCUACUCUGGCCGUUCACGGAGACCUGAAGAGGAAGAAAAGGGUGCAGAAUUUGUGCCGUUCGACACUUUGCUCAAGGAAUCAGACUUCAUCGCUGUCACAUGUGCUCUAAAUGACCAGACGAGGGACAUCUUCAAUGAGGAAGCAUUUUCCAAGAUGAAGAAAUCUGCCAUUAUUGUCAAUACAUCUCGUGGAGGUGUGAUCAAGCAAGAUGCACUCAUCACGGCCCUGAAGACUGGUCAGAUCCGCGCAGCUGGCCUGGAUGUAAUGACCCCAGAACCUCUGCCACCUGACCAUGAGCUGACAAAGCUUCCCAACUGCACAUUGAUUCCUCACAUUGGGAGUGCCGAGACAACGACAAGGGAAGGGAUGGCCACCUUGACUGCUUCUAAUAUAAUUGCUGGCUUGGAAGACCAGCCUAUGCCAGCUAGACUGUGUUGAUGAAGG